AAUUAAAGACCUAAUGCAUUGGGUUCGGAGGUGUUGAGGGGAAGAAGGUGAAGAAGAAGACAUGGAAGAUUUGAAGAAGAGAAAACUGGACGAAGCAGGAAACGGUGAUUUUGCCUCCAAGGAAGAACUUCGCUUCCUCAUUGAACCUCUUGCGAAACCCCAGCUUGUUGAUCUUCUAGCUAAACUAGGGUCCCAAUAUCCUUCAAUUGCAGAAGAAAUAAAAAGUAUUGCAAGUGCUGAUCCUGCCCAUCGAAAGCUUUUUGUUCGUGGCUUGGCAUGGAAUACCAAUUCAGAAACUUUGCGUGCUGCAUUUGAAGAGCAUGGAGAAAUUGAGGAAGGAGCUGUGAUCUAUGAUAAGGUAACAGGGAAGUCCCGUGGCUAUGGAUUUAUCACUUUCAAAAAUAUGGAAUCAACUCAGCAAGCAUUGAGAGCUUCUAGCAAGUUAAUUGAUGGAAGAUUGGCCGUCUGUAAUCUAGCCUGUGAGGGUCUAAGUGGAACAAGUAGUGCUCCUGAUGUUUCCCUAAGGAAGCUUUAUAUAGGAAGCUUAUCACCAGAAAUCACAAGUGAAAUGCUGCUCAACUAUUUUGCAAGGCAUGGUGAAAUAGAAGAAGGUUCAGUUGCAUACGACAGGGAUACAAAUGAAUCACGUGGCUUUGGCUUUGUCACGUACAAGACAGCAGAAGCUGCCAAGAAGGCCAUAGAUGAUCUUGAAAAGACUCUUGGGGGAAGGAAUAUAAUUGUAAAAUAUGCUGAUUCCAACAAAGGAAAAACUGGGCAGCCGCCAUUUCCCUCUGGAGUGGUUCCAAUGGCUGGCUUACCUAUGACCACAGGCUAUAUGCAGCCUGGUAAAGGUCAUGUAAGCUCUGGCCACCCUAUAAAUUACAGUUACCCCCAGACUGUUGCACCGUAUUCAGCAUCUCCUUAUCCAAACCCUCACACUGUACCUUCUCCUUAUCCAACACAAGGGCAGAUUCCUUACCCUCCUCUUUCUGCAAAGAAAGACCAACAUGGGUUUCCGCCUACCCAACCUGUAGGAAUGAACAACUACCCUUAUUACUAUCCCAAGCAAUGAAUGUAUUUAACUGAAUCUGAUGAUGAUUUUGACACUCCCUCUCUUUGCUUUUCUUUUCAAAUCAUUUUAGCUAUUAGUUACCUCUCAUAUCAUAAGUCAUCACAUCACCUGUUAAUGAACCUCUGCAUCCUCUCUUUACAGCUUUUCAUCUAGUUGAUUUUUGGCAUUCUUAUUUAUUA